UUCUCAAUGCUUACAAUCGGUCCUUUUCCUCUGUUUUCACAAAUAUUAUUCUGUUGAUUAACAAAAGGAGUUUCUUCAUCUUUAUCGUUUUGAACGUUUCUAAAUUUUGAACGAUCAGUUUGUAAAAUUUCCUUUCCAUCUAUUUUUUUCUGUUUGUAUUUCUGACGCUGCUUCUCAAGCAGUUUAUCUUUAUUGGUUUCGUAGUAUUUUUGUCUAUGUUCUCGGAUCUUUUCUUUGUUAAUUUUUCGGUAAUUUACAUAAUAUUCUUUAUUAUUUUUGUAAUGAUUUUGCCUAGCUUCAUUUAUCUUUUCUUUAUUUUUCUGGUAGUAGUUUUUAUUUGCUUCUUUCAACCUUUCUUUAUUAUUCUCAUAAUAAGUUUUACCAAGCUUUAA